ACUAAUAUACCAGAUGAUAUAGGAGCCUACAUAAAGCAGCGCGCGGUGUCGCAGCCAUAUGAAGCGUAAAAGAUGACUCUGCGAGGUAAAGUGGCUCUCGUUACGGGCGGUGCGCAAGGUAUCGGUAGAGCCGUCGCAGAAAGCCUUCUGAAGAAUGAAGCAAAGGUUGCACUUGUUGACUUGAAUCAAAGUGUCGGAGAGGAAUGCAAGAAGAUUUUAAAUGGAGAGUUUGGAGAUGGGAACUGCAUUUUCAUUCAGUGUGACGUGACGGACAGAUUGAAACUUAAAGAUGCUUUUCAAAGUACAGUCGACCGGUUUGGAAGAUUGGACAUUGUUGUCAACAAUGCUGGCAUCAACAAUGAGAAGGACUGGGAGAAGACCAUCGAUGUAAAUCUGACAUCAGUCAUCAAGGGAACUUACCUGGCCUUGGAUCAUAUGAGCAAAGAGUAUGGAAAAGAAGGAGGAGUCAUCAUCAAUGUCUCAUCCAUGGCAGCUUUCCUUCAUUCCCCCUACCAGCCAGUGUACACGGCCACAAAGCACGGGGUGAUAGGCUUCUCCAGAGCCAUAGCGGAUGCAGCCGAAGUGGAGAACUAUGGUGUGAGGAUCAACACGCUGUGCCCUGCCUUCGUGGACACCCCUCUCCUGCGCUCCGUGGAACACGAGGACAACAUGGGCAAGUUUGACAAGUUCAAGGACGACUUAAAGAGGAGCGUGCACAAGUUCGGGGUGCUUCAACCGUCGCUGAUCGCAGAGGGAGUGUUGCGCCUGAUAACUGAUACCGGUCUAAACGGCGCCGUGAUGAAGAUCACCUGCUCUAAAGGGAUCCACUUCCACACCUACGAGCCCCUGUCCGCUUGAGAGGAGCAACACGGAAUACCGUCGGACUUCUGUCUCCCACCCAGACAAAGGAACUUAAAGUGGUCGGAGUAUGGAGUCAUUCAGACAGUAGACCCAUGUGUCUAUGGAAUUGGUAGAAAUGUAGGCCCAUUGAAUUAGGAAUUAGAAUAGUAAUUUAAUGGGACCUCUAUUUGUAUGCCUACAUUGGAUGUAACCAAGAUUCCAGUAGUCUUACUUAAUAGGUGUGAACAAAGGUAGACAAACAGGGUUUAGUUUUCGGGUUUCCCUCAUCAUAGAAUCCUCCAGUUGAUUUGACUAGUAUGAGAGACUUGUUUCCCUCAUCAUAGAAUCCUCCAGUUGAUUUGACUAGUAUGAGAGACUUGUUUCCCUCAUCAUAGAAUCCUCCAGUUGAUUUGACUAGUAUGAGAGACUUGUUUCCCUCAUCAUAGAAUCCUCCAGUUGAUUUGACUAGUAUGAGAGACUUGGUACACAUUGACUGCUGUAUUUAUUUUAUUUUAUUUAUUUAACGAGGUGAGUCGGCUAAGAAAAACAUCUUAUUACCCAAUUAUGAAAUUGACAUUUUAUCACAAAGCACAAUAUGUGUUUACAAUUCUACCAAAUAACUGUAGUUUAUUUAUGAUACAAUAGCAUACUUUAUUAUCAUAGAAUAUGUGAAAAUUGUAUUUUUGUUGGUUGUCAGACAAUAAACUUUGACUCCUUUCCUCUUCUCA